AUGGAAAUCAAGGGAGCUGAAUAUGAAUGCAAUGGAAUUUUGAAAAAUCACACUGUUGAUUUUGUGGCAACGUCAAAACGAUGGCAUGGAGGUUUAGCAACGAUCAGAGAUAAACGAGGAGCCGAGGUUCAUGGAUGUGUGUGGCGAGUUCCGGAAGAUUUUGCGGCCGAAUUAGAUCGUCAAGAAGCUGGAUACCAUAGACUCAUUGUGCCUAUCGAGUGCUCCGACUGUGUGAUUGAAUGCCGAACAUAUCAGUACUCCAAUGAAAAAGCACCUUUACAACCUCCAUCACCCCACUAUAAAACCGUAAUAUUGGCUGGUGCAGUAGAACAUUCUCUACCGGCAGAUUAUAUCAAAGAGUUAGCUAGCAUUCCUGAUAACGGGUAUAAAGGAAGAGUAGAAGUCGACCUUGAAGCGAUUAAGCAUUUGAAUGUGGAUGCUUAA